AUGUUUGGUGGUGGAAACAGGAGAGACGAAGGAUCGAUGCCGAUUCAGAACACAAACUUGUUCGCUGCUUUGGACACGAGGAAGAAGAAGAAGAAGACAACAGACAAAGCUGGUAAGAGCAAGGGCUCCUCAUCGCAGAAGGCGCCUGAGCCUCAGGUCUUCUGGGCUCCUACGCCUCUCAAAGCCAAGGCUUGGGCGGAUAUUGAUAGUGAUGAUGAAGAUGAUGACUAUUUUGCUACCACUGCUCCUCCUCAGACCUUGUGGAAUGCUUCUGCUUCUGAAGCGUCUCAUUUGGACGCGAAAGAGACUCACGUUGAGGAAAGUGAAAGUGAAGAGGAUAUCCUUGAUGAAGGUGAUGAGGAUGAUUUGGAGGAAGAGCAUGAGACGCAAGUUCAUCCAGAAGCAGAGCCUGAGGUGGUGAAGAAGGCUCCUGAAGUUGCUGCACCACCUAAGGAGGCAGAGAGGCAGCUUUCCAAGAAAGAGAGGAAACAGAAGGAACUUGCUGAGCUUGACGCUUUGUUAGCUGAUUUUGGAGUUGAUCCCACUGGUCAACAAAACACUCAAGAUAAGCAAGAAAAGAAGGAAGUCAAUGGAGAAGGAGAGAAGAAAGAGAACGCAACUGGAGAAUCAAAGGCCUCAAAGAAGAAGAAAAAGAAGGAUAAACAGAAGGAGGCAAAAGAAUCUCAGGAAGAAGUGAAGACAGAUGCUGCUGCAGGUGAGUCCGCUGAGCAGGACCAGGAGGCUUCUUCUUCCAUGGAUAUCCAAGAAAAGAUAAAGAAGCUUGCAUCGAUGAAGAAGAAGAAGUCAAGCAAAGAGACUGACGCCGCUGCAAAAGUUGCUGCACAAGAAGCAGCUGCGAGGAAGGCAAAGCUGGCAGCUGCAAAGAAGAAGAAAGAGAAGAAUCACUACAACCAGCAGCCAGUGAGGUGAAAUCAAUCACUCUCACCAGACACCCGUUUUGAUAUAUGAACAUGUGUGGUUCCCUCUUUUUGUUCAUAUGAGACUUUGGCUUUUGAUAGAAUCUUUUGAAUUGGGGAUCUUGUUGAGUCGCGUACUUUUAGAGAUAUGACUUUUGGUCUUUUAAAUUAUGUUAUUGUUACACAAUGAAACAUAAUAAGAAAAGCUUUCUCUUUUUAUUUGAUUUGCUCUUUCUUACUUCUUUGAUAUCUUUGUAUACUAUCCUUUUCAUCAGUGCAUGUACUUUUGAUUACUAAUCCCCUAAUGG